AUGUCCGAAAUGCCUGCCGGGAUCCCACAUCGACCACCGCCGGCACGACAAGUAGCACCGAGGACUUCGCGUUCGCCGCAGCCCGUCGCUCGACUCACCUCGGGCCAGCGCAGUAUGGCCCCAGAAGUUCCUCCUCGCCCACGGCCCGUGAUUCAGACCUACCAGCAGACCGUCGUCUCAACCUCCGUGACCGUGACCUCGUCCUCGUCCUCUGGCUUCUCGUCGUAUCUUGGUUCAACCGCAGGGUUCGCGUCCAAGGCCCGCGCCGCACUCUCAACUGCCAGUUCCUACGUCGCGUCCGCCGCCACCCAGGCUGCCGCUGUCGCUGCUGCCAAUGCGCCUUCCUCGGAGCGCCGGCAGGCUUGGGAAGACUGGGCCCGCGACUGGCGCGACGGCCGGCGCGCAGCCAUCAAGGGAGAGGAGACCAUCCACGUCCUGCCCGGGUGGGCUGUGAAGCGGCCUCGUAACGAUGGUGUUGCUGAUUCGUUUGACCUCCACCUGUCCGUCAACGGGUUUUGCACGUUUGUCCGCGACGUGAGCAGCAUCUCGAGGACACAGCGCGCCCUUCUUAGUCUUGCGAAGCGCCUCGCGGCGCUGCCAGCGCUUCCGCCCCCGUCAAUGAUGCAUCUGUUAACAGCGUCGCCAAGGCAGGAUCCCAAGGACCUGCCCGAUCUGCCUGUAGACGACCUCAAGCUUGACUCGGCACCGCCCCCUCUCCCACCACGCAGGACCACCACCACCACCACUACUGCAUCUUCAUCGUCUUCAUCGUCGUCGCCUCGCAUCUCACCGCGCCUGAGUGCCCGCUUGUCUCCUCGACUCAGGCCUCAGCCUCAGCGCCGCGCCACCGACCAUCUCUUUGAUGACCCUCAGAACCUCCUCCUCGCUCAUGAAUAUCUCGACCAGCGUCUGGCGCCCUUUUGGUCCGCGGUCCUUGCCUUUCGUCGUGUCACCGUCAGCAUCUACCCCGUGCCCCUCAAGCACCGCGCAGAGCUUCCGACGCCCACCGACGACAUAUUCGACCAGGAGCCCCUGUUCCGCACGACGUUUACCACCAACGCCCAGGGCCAGUUCAACCAGACGAUUAUCAUCAACUGGGAACAGCUCUGCACGCACCCCAAUGCCGUGCCCCUCGCGUUUGCCGACGACCCGGCCAACGCGCCGUCCGAGUGGGGCCUUGCUGUCCGCGCCGAGCUGCUGCCUGAAGAGGUGCCCUAUGGCCAGCGCCCGGCGGGGACACCGACUGGACCACCUGGGCCCAACCCAGAGGGCGGACUGGCGCGUCAGAUGGCGUCCUCCUCCUCGUCGCCAUCUGGACUUCCAUACGCCGCGUACGCGCCCCGGCGCACCACCACUGCCAGCAUGGCCAGCGGGUCCAGUGGUGCGAGCGCUGCCUCGCCUACGGGCACACCACUCAACAACGCUUCCUCUGCCCCCCGCAAGCCCGUCACCAGUACAUGCACCGUGUCGAUCUCGCGCCCAGGCGGUGUCCGCGUCAUCUCCGAUCUGGACGACACGGUCAAGCACAGCGACAUUCUCGGCGGGCCCCGCGAAGUUUUCCGAAACGUGUUUUGUCGUCGACUCGAGGACCUCCUUGUCCCCGGCAUGAACAAGCUGUACCACGACCUGCAGGUCGCUGGUCUGACGGGUCUGCACUUUGUUUCCAACUCGCCGUUUGAGCUGUUCCCCAUCGUGGACCAGUUCCUCAAGCUACACCAUUUCCCAGGUUAUUUCAGCCUCAAGCUCAAGUUUUACGGCGGCCGCUCCAUCGUGACGUCCCUGUUCGAGCCUGCCGGCCAGCGCAAGCGGCCCAGCGUGCUGGAGAUCAUGGACGAGUUUUACGACUCGAAGUUUAUCCUCUUUGGCGACAGCGGCGAGCAAGACCUCGAGCUGUACACUGCCAUUGCGCACGAGCGCCCCGAACAGGUCGCCGCCAUCUUCAUCCGUGACGUGACCACCGGGCGCGCCGACGGCGUCCGCCUGAACAACAACACCACCGGCGGCGGCGGCGACGCGGCGUCGGGCUUUGCUACCCCGUCCUUGUUCAACCUGGACGAUUUCACCGAUUCGCCCAGGACGAGCGGGGCGGCCACGCCGAGCACGCCGAGCACGCCCGGCACGCCCAGUACGCCCAAGGAGCAGACGGCCGAGGAGAUUGCCAAGACGGUCGCGGAGUUGCAGGAGCUGUCUGCUGCCGAGCAAAAGCUCCUCAAGCGCGCGGCGGACUGGGAGACGCGCGUGCAGACUGCCUACGACACGGUGCCUGCCAGUGUGCGGCUCGUGUUCUUCAAGGAGACGGAGGAGAUUGAGGAUGUGGCGCUGGGCGUGCUCAACGAGCGCAACAAGACACAUUAUACUUGA